UAGAUUUUGAAGUCUAUUUUUAUAAUUGAGUGGUCUCUGUUCGAGAGGAGAGAGUAAUCAUCCAAAAAUCGAUCUGGAACGAGCAGUGGUCUGUGAACUCGAGAUGUGAGAGUGCUGAGACUGUUUGGUUGAUAUCUCGAGUUUUACCAAUCCAAUUAAGGCGUGUGAGAUACCAAAAGAAAGCUCUCAAGACGAGGAAUCCGUGAAAGUCUGGUUUGCAUCAAUCGGAGUAGAGGAAGGCUUCCAAAUCGUCCGAGCAGAACGCGACCUCGCAGGAACGGAUUUACUCUUCUAAGAAACGAGUUAACCGGAAAACACCCAUUCUAGGGGCUGUUUUCGUACCAACGAUUAAGGGUUGAACUAGCACUUGAGGAGGCUGUUUAACACCCAUUUUCUAAGCAAGGAAUCAGUUCUCAAGCUUCCUUGGCCGAGGCUUUAGUCAUUGGAUCGAGGAGGAAAGUUUUAAAGCUCAUUUGAGGUUGAGGCUAGAGCUUGCUUCCUGUGCUCGUUGCUCGAGAGAUCAUCUAGGAGGGAAGACUUGAAAUGGACCGUGGUGGCAGGAUUACUAGGAGAAACCCGACCGGCCGUGUACCAGAGGAGACUGGACAGGGCAGUCGAAGGACCUCUAGGGCAUCUAGAGGAGCUGGCCGUGGAGGCCGAUCACAGACCGUGAGUGACGGUCAUGUCGACACAGAAAGUGAAACCUACUGGUCCUAUGAGGACUCGACUUACCAACCGGAAACCGAGCCGGUUGAGACCCCUUACGAAGGGGAUGACGAUGAUGUGAGCGAUGAAGAGGGGGAGAAUGACUCCCUAGCAAGAAUAGAGGCGCUGCUCCAACAAUAUCAACGGGAGCGCGAGGAAAGGAGGGAACGCCGAAGGCGCCGGGGAGGGCGAAUUUCGGGUGAGGCUUCAAGAGGAAGAAGCCAUGGCGAUUCUCGGGCCCACAUUGAACCACAUGGGGGCCGGGGUGAUGGAGGUCCAAUCAUAAGGAUCUCAAAAUUUCUUAAAGAGGCUAGGGACUUGGGGUGCAAACCCUUCAACGGAGCAGGCGACAUCUCGGUCGCCGCGGAAUGGAUCAAGAGGUUGAACGAGGCAGCCCUUGAUAUGCAACUCACCCCCGAAUUUAAAGUAAGGGUGGCGGUGAGAUUGCUUGAAGGGAUGGCAUCCACAUGGUGGGAUGGAGCCAAGGGAAAGUAUGGCAAUACCGUGACUUGGGAGAAUUUCCGACAGGAGUUCUUUGCCCAGUAUUAUUCUGAUUUUGAGGUGAACGCUAAAAGGAGAGAGUAUACCCUCCUGACCCAAGGUGGCAAGAUGACGGUGAGGCAACUUGAACAUAAAUUCAGGGAGCUCGCGGAGUUCAUACCGGAGUAUGUCUGUGACGAGAACCGGAUGGUAAAUCACUUCUGGGAUGCCUUAGACCUGGAGGUGCGUGAGAGGGCAACACAGUUGCCUAACAUGACCUUUAGCCAAGUGGUCGAGCAAGGGUUGAAAGGAGAGAAGGAAUGGGAAGAGAGAAAGUUGAAAAACGCCGAAGAGGCGAAGAAGAGAAAGUGGGAGAACCAUGGACCUCAAGGUCCUAGCAAAAAGGGGAACCAUGGGGGAGGAGGAUCCUUUCGGACACCCCCACUGCCAUCUAGGGGAAGUCAAGGCCCGGGCGGGCAAUCACAAGCCUCGGGGGGGACUCGUUGCAAGAAUUGCAAGAGGAACCACCUGGGGAAAUGUCGUGACCCUCCUAGAUGUUAUCAAUGCGGAAACACCGGGCACUUGAAGAUGAAUUGCCCACAAUUGGGUGGGGCAAGGUCAUCGGGACCAAGUAGUGGUAAUACCGGGACACGGAAUCAAGCCGGGACUUCACAAGCGUCCAGGGGGCAAGGGGGAGCAAGCGCAAGCAAUGCGCCGUCCGUGAAUCAAGGAAGGACUCAAGCUAGGGUCUACGCGAUGACGGAGGCGGAUGCUCAAGCUAACCCGGAUUCCGUUGCAGGUUGAGGCUAGAGCUUGCUUCCUGUGCUCGUUGCUCGAGAGAUCAUCUAGGAGGGAAGACUUGAAAUGGACCGUGGUGGCAGGAUUACUAGGAGAAACCCGACCGGCCGUGUACCAGAGGAGACUGGACAGGGCAGUCGAAGGACCUCUAGGGCAUCUAGAGGAGCUGGCCGUGGAGGCCGAUCACAGACCGUGAGUGACGGUCAUGUCGACACAGAAAGUGAAACCUACUGGUCCUAUGAGGACUCGACUUACCAACCGGAAACCGAGCCGGUUGAGACCCCUUACGAAGGGGAUGACAAUGAUGUGAGCGAUGAAGAGGGGGAGAAUGACUCCCUAGCAAGAAUAGAGGCGCUGCUCCAACAAUAUCAACGGGAGCGCGAGGAAAGGAGGGAACGCCGAAGGCGCCGGGGAGGGCGAAUUUCGGGUGAGGCUUCAAGAGGAAGAAGCCAUGGCGAUUCUCGGGCCCACAUUGAACCACAUGGGGGCCGGGGUGAUGGAGGUCCAAUCAUAAGGAUCUCAAAAUUUCUUAAAGAGGCUAGGGACUUGGGGUGCAAACCCUUCAACGGAGCAGGCGACAUCUCGGUCGCCGCGGAAUGGAUCAAGAGGUUGAACGAGGCAGCCCUUGAUAUGCAACUCACCCCCGAAUUUAAAGUAAGGGUGGCGGUGAGAUUGCUUGAAGGGAUGGCAUCCACAUGGUGGGAUGGAGCCAAGGGAAAGUAUGGCAAUACCGUGACUUGGGAGAAUUUCCGAGAGGAGUUCUUUGCCCAGUAUUAUUCUGAUUUUGAGGUGAACGCUAAAAGGAGAGAGUAUACCCUCCUGACCCAAGGUGGCAAGAUGACGGUGAGGCAACUUGAACAUAAAUUCAGGGAGCUCGCGGAGUUCAUACCGGAGUAUGUCUGUGACGAGAACCGGAUGGUAAAUCACUUCUGGGAUGCCUUAGACCUGGAGGUGCGUGAGAGGGCAACACAGUUGCCUAACAUGACCUUUAGCCAAGUGGUCGAGCAAGGGUUGAAAGGAGAGAAGGAAUGGGAAGAGAGAAAGUUGAAAAACGCCGAAGAGGCGAAGAAGAGAAAGUGGGAGAACCAUGGACCUCAAGGUCCUAGCAAAAAGGGGAACCAUGGGGGAGGAGGAUCCUUUCGGACACCCCCACUGCCAUCUAGGGGAAGUCAAGGCCCGGGCGGGCAAUCACAAGCCUCGGGGGGGACUCGUUGCAAGAAUUGCAAGAGGAACCACCUGGGGAAAUGUCGUGACCCUCCUAGAUGCUAUCAAUGCGGAAACACCGGGCACUUGAAGAUGAAUUGCCCACAAUUGGGUGGGGCAAGGUCAUCGGGACCAAUUAGUGGUAAUACCGGGACACGGAAUCAAGCCGGGACUUCACAAGCGUCCAGGGGGCAAGGGGGAGCAAGCGCAAGCAAUGCGCCGUCCGUGAAUCAAGGAAGGACUCAAGCUAGGGUCUACGCGAUGACGGAGGCGGAUGCUCAAGCUAACCCGGAUUCCGUUGCAGGUUGAGGCUAGAGCUUGCUUCCUGUGCUCGUUGCUCGAGAGAUCAUCUAGGAGGGAAGACUUGGUUCGUGCUUCCUCCAUUCGGUUUUUAAACAUUAACAAACAUGCUCAUGAAUAUUUUACUAUAGAGCCUGCGUGCUCAUGUUAGCCACGUGUGGCAUUUGUUUUCAAACUAUGUUUUCCGCUACGUAUUCGAUUGCUUAUUAUGUUGUUUAUGGAUGGCUUGCGUGUGAGUGAUAUUCUAGACGCCUUGUAUAAUAUGAACGUGUUGGACUGCGGUUGACUAUUCAUAUUGUACGGCGGGUUGUUGACGUGUCCGGGGAGGUCCGGGGCGUGACACAAGCUGCUACAAAUCUCUCUUUAUAUGGAAGUAACCAUGUAUCCCUCACAUACUUGAGAAGACUUGGAUAACCUUCGUAGUCACUUUCAAUAGCAAAUAAGUUUCUAGCAUACUCACUCUCAUUUGCAGAGAAUACAAGAACACUCCAGGCUGCCAUGAAUUUAUCAGAAUCCUCUUUGAGUUCAAACAACUUUCUUGAAUGGGCAAGGACAUUUUUUGAGAUAUGAAACCUACAUAAAAGAUUUGUUGUUUCAGGAAAGACUUUCUUAACAGAUUUCAUAAACGCCAAGUCUCUGUCGGUCACAAUUACACUAGGCAUGGUACUUGAUAUCAUCAAUGUUUUUAAUUUUUCCAUUGCCCAUGUGUAGU